UUAUACAAAAGAAGAGAGACACAAAAAAGGCAAGCCAUGGCUUUGCAUGGAAUGCUUUUGCAACAAAAAUUGUUACUUGGGGCCUUAAUUUUAGCAGCAACAGCCGCAUCUCAACCCGGUUGGAGUUGCAACAACACAUGUGGAAAUCUUACCAUCCCUUACCCAUUUGGAACAAGUGAGGGCUGUUACCUUGAUCCAUCUUUUCUCAUCGCAUGUAACUACUCGUCCGGGACUCCAAAACCGUUUCUGAGCAGUAAUACUAGUAAUGUACUUGUCCUCAACAUAUCAUUAUUGGAUGGUGAACUCCGAGUCUCCAACUUCAUAGCUCGUGAUUGCUACAACGAGUUGGGCUUCCUUGUCAACAGCCUCGAUGCCUGGUUCAACUUGCGAGAUUUCACCGUCUCAUAUACGAGGAACAAGUUCAUUGUCGUCGGUUGCGACACUUUUGCGUACAUUGAAGGUUUUUUUUAUGAUAUGUUUCACGGUUCAGGGGUACAAAAAUACAAGACUGGACUUGAUGGAUACUGUGGCCGCAUUAACAGUGUGGUUAACGGGUCUUGCUCUGGCCUUGGCUGUUCCCAGACUCCUAUCCCCGAAGGAUUAAUGAAUUUUAGUAUUACUGUUAAUAGCUACUAUAACCACUCCGCAGUACGCAGCUUCAACCCAUGUGGUUUUGCUUUUCUAGUGGAAGCAGAAGCAUACAACUUUUCCUCCUUGGAUCUUCAACAAUUGCAGAAUAAAAAGACUGUUCCCCUGGUGCUUGAUUGGGCAGUAGGAAAUCAGACAUGCGAAAAUGCUCAGAAAAACAGGUCAAGCUAUGCAUGCAAGGCGGAGUAUAGUUAUUGUAACAACUCCAUCAACGGUCCUGGUUAUCGUUGCAAUUGCUCCAAAGGUUUUCAGGGGAACCCAUACCUCCCUGAUGGUUGCACAGAUAUUGAUGAGUGCAAAAAUCCAGAGAGCUGCAAUAAUGUUACUCAAAUAUGCAACAACUUCCCUGGGGGUUUCAAUUGUUCUUGUCUAAAAGGGUACGAAGACGAUGGGAGCGGAACAACAAGUUGCCGUGCUAAAGUGAACCAAUCUAGGGUUACCAGUAUUGCAUUGGGUAUCAGCAUAAGCCUCUUAGCACUUGUCGUGACAGGUUCUUGGAUAUCUUGGGCACUGAAAAGAAGAAAACUUCUCAAGCUCAAGGAAAAAUUCUUCAAACAAAAUGGUGGAUUAAUGUUACAACAACAACUCUCGAGUCAUAGAGGGUCUGUGGAGACGGAUAAAAUCUUUAGCGCAGAAGAGCUUAAAAAGGCCACCAACAACUACGACAAGAGUAGAGUUCUUGGCCAAGGAGGCUAUGGAACUGUUUAUAAAGGAGUGUUGCCAGAUAACAAAGUAGUUGCCAUUAAAAAGUCCAAAAUCAGUGAUCAGAGCCAGAUUGAGCAAUUCAUAAACGAGGUGAUUGUGCUUACUCAAAUUAAUCAUAGGAAUGUGGUCAAGCUAUUAGGUUGUUGUCUAGAAACAGAAGUGCCCUUGCUAGUUUAUGAAUUCAUCACAAACGGGACUCUUUCUGACCACAUUCAUAAUAAAAGCCUAUCAUCCUCACUUUCAUGGGAAAAGCGUCUGAAGAUAGCAGCAGAAACUGCAGGAGCACUUGCAUACUUACACUCUUCAACUUCUAUGCCAAUUAUACAUAGGGAUGUGAAAACUACAAAUAUACUUUUAGAUGUUAACUACAUGGCAAAAGUGUCUGACUUUGGAGCUUCGAAGCUAGUACCUCUUGAUCAAACACAAUUAACCACUUUGGUGCAAGGAACUUUCGGGUACUUGGAUCCCGAAUACUUCCAUACUAGCCAACUAACAGAAAAAAGCGAUGUCUAUAGUUUUGGCGUUGUUAUAGCAGAGCUAUUAACGGGAAAGGAGGCACUCUCUUUCAAUAGGCCUGAAAGUGAUAGAAAUUUAGCAAAGUUCUUUAUUUCUGCAAUAAAAGAGGAUCGCCUACUUCAAAUUCUUGAGGAUCACAUUGUGAAUGAGGGUAAUAUUGAAGAACUAAAGGAAGUUGCUAAUCUUGCAAAAAGGUGCUUAAGGGUAAGAGGGGAAGAUAGGCCUUCUAUGAAAGAAGUCGCAAUGGAGUUGGAGGGAUUGACAAUUAUGGGGAAGCAUCCAUGGGGAAAGGCUGAUCUCUACAUGGAAGAGACUGAGUACUUGCUCAAUAAUUGCAAUAAUGGCCCUACACACUCUUUCAGCAUUGAUGUUGGCAUUGCUUCUUCUUCUACCGAUACAACAAUUAGGUACGAUAGCAUGAUGAACCAGGAACUAAAACCAGUGGAUGAUGGCAGAUGAUUAGUAAGUCCACGGACCACGGUUCUAUAUUUGCAUCUCUCGAUGAAAUCAAUAAUUGAUAUAUCUCUUUAGCCUAUUAUUUUGAAACAUGUUGUGGACUAGAACAUACUGUUCAGAUCCCCCCCUUUUCUCUUUAAUACGUAUACUUAUGGAGAUAUGUAUGGCUUAAUUUGGUUUAUGUGUUAGGUUUUAUGUUACCCAAUUCGGCGUCCAAAACAAUUUAAUGUAAAUAAAAUUUGGUUUGGGUAGUUUGUACUUGGCUAUGAGUUAAAAAUCCAUCAAGAUGGUGAGGAACCGGGGACCUCGUUUGGUGCCUCGGUUGCUGACUGUCCGGAUGAGGGUGCUUAUGAAGAAGCUGCCGAGACACUCGUUCGGUUUUGGUCCGGAUGAAGUUCACAAGAAGGUCGCUCAGUACCUCAUUCGCAAUAGGUCCACGAGCUACAUCAAAUAGGAGAUCCGAGAGCCUCGUUUGCUAUUUUGGUUGCUAGCUAGGGGUCCGGGCGAGCAUGUUUAACGGAAGCUCCAAGAAGUUCAAACAAAGUUCAAACAAAACGUUUGUGGUUCUCGAGAUCCAGUUAUUUUAUUACUACAUCUUUUGAAGAAACUUUAGUUUCCCUGAGCUUAGCAUCUUCUUAUUCAGUUGACAUUAUUUGCUUUCAGUUGCAUCAGGAAUGAUAAGAGAAAACAAAAAUUCACGUUGUGAGGUUCACGGAGGCCCUCCAACAGAUAUACCUCCCCAGAAAAAUCCCCUUGAUUACAGAUUCACCAACGUUGGCCUCCUAACCAAAAAGAGGCCCUCUACAGUCGUGUGUGUAUAUAUAUGUAAUUCGUUCAAUUGCCCUCUUAUGAUUAUGUCCAACUUCUUUGUGGCUUCCAAUUUUGUAGUACACUUUUCCUGUCCACUGGCUGGAUGCUAAGGCCUACAGAGGGAAAUGAGCUUAAGAGAUACAUAUGAUUUGGUUGGUCCACAAAGAAUGAUGUGAUCUCUCAUUUAAGCAUCCCAACAAAGCAAAAACAUGCCUUUUGAGUGAGAGGGUGCUGUAGGUCAACCACUGCUGGGAUAAGGGGUGCCAAUUCUUGUUUUGUUGAGUACGGGAUGCAUCAAGUUAUGGGUACAAGA